CAAAAUAUUUUCAUUUGUUUUCAUCGGAGAGUGAGAAGUUUUGCAUAAAAAACAGAGAAAUUAUAAAAAGAAUUGAGUUAAUCAUUAUUAAAUAAAUAAAAAGCAACUAAAGAACAACUUAACGAUAAGCGCAUUUCAGUUAAUUUUUUUUAUAAUAUUAAAUAUAAAACAGAUUAAAUAUCAAAUAAAAAAGUUAAAUUAAAUCAAAACGCACGGCAUUUAAUAAAGUGUUAUACAUAAAGCAAGUUACAGAUUUGUAUAUUGUGCAAAAAUUCCAAUUGCAAAAUUGUAUUAAAUAGUUAAUUUUCUUGUUAUUAAGUGUUAAGCAAUAUAAAGAAGAAAAGGGCUCUUAGCCAUGACAACAGACGCUGAAUUCCUCAGCUCUUAUGAGCGCAUAAAACAGGCCAACAAAUUGACGCUCAAGCAAAUUGAUCUGGCUAUAGAAUUUGAGGAAAAAGACAAACCCUUAGAAGCCAUAGCAGCUUAUGAGGAAAGUCUAAGAUUCAUCGAUACAGUCUUCUCAAUACCAGUCGGCUUGCCCGAUAACACCAAUGGCAUUGAAGCCGAAUGGGCAGAUGCCUGUACGAUUAUACAAAAAUUGAAAGGAGCCAAAACAGAAGUCACCUAUAGAUUGAAAGUGUUAAAGCAGCAAAAUUCACCUAUUGACAGUGACGCAAGGGAAGUUCAAGAAAACGAUGAUGUUCUAUGUGAACCUCAAGCUAAAAAGAAAUCGACCCUAUUGGAAAAUCCAGCUACACAUUACGAUAUACAACAUGUUAAUGGAGGUCCGCCUAAAACCUAUAAACAAAUUGCCAAAGGUUUGAGGGAAGUUAUAGCCGAUAAAGAUAUACCUGUAUUGUAUGAUACACUGUUUCAGGCUCAAGUUAAAUUGUAUAAAAUUCAGCCAAAUGGUGUAGUACAAACAAUGGCGUUUUCUAAGCAAAUUAAACAUCAGCAUGGACUUAAGUUUAAAAAAUCAAGGCGCAAUCAAGAAAUAACAGGUGAAACCUCAAUGUCUUUAGUUAUGUGCACCAUUGGAGGUAAAUGGAGUUAUUUGAAUGGCAUGUAUUUCAUCCAGUGCUCCAUGAAAGGACAAAUAACAGAUAAACCAUCAACCUCACAAGAUGAAGAUGAUAUGAUAUGGAUAUAUCCUUUAGUACCUACGGUAACCUCCUGCUAUCGCACUGAUUUUGGAGCAUUUAUAUUUCCUGAUUUAGAAGCAGAUGUAGCGGGUUCAGCAUUUGGCAUUAUAUUGGCUACACCAGCCGAACUAAAUGCAGAACAAUUUGCGGAUUUGCAGCAAUUCUUUUUAGAUCUUUUAGAAGCUGUUUUAGCGGGAGAAAUUGAAGAAUUGCCACAACCUUUAGCUACCCGGCCAACAAGAGAUACUAGUCAACAGGUGUCUAGAAAUAUUGUUACUGCUGCCGACUUUAUAGCUCGAGGUUUGGUUAAGGGAGCUGAGAAAACUGGUGAAUUAAUGAUGAAAAGUACUCCCUAUAUAAUAUCAAAAAUGAAACCGGCUCCUGAAAAUCCACCACCCGUUUCGCAGGGCCUACAGACCACUGUGGAAGUGGCUAAAGGGGUAACAACAGCUGCUGUGGGUGUAACAGGUUGGGUAGCCGGCAAAGUGGGUUCUGCCUCAAUGGCCAUAGGUAGAUUUUUGGCUCCACAUAUACAACAUCAUGGCUCCAAUCUUUUACAAAAGACUUGUGGCCUAGAUCAGCAAGAGGCCAAUAGUAAAAUGGAGGGGGCUUUAACUUUAGCGGCUGGUGCCGUUGAGGGUUUUAGUACCAUAGUAGAUGGUCUGGAGAAAUCUGCAGCCAUAUUGGGCAACAAUAUAAGUGAAAAUUCAGUUAAAAUAAUAGAACACAAAUACGGUUCUCCUGCCGGCUAUGUGGCUGCCGAUACUUUUGACACCUUGGGCAAUGCUUUCAUUGUUAGCCGUAAUGUCAACUAUAUGCUGCCUAAAGGUAUUGCCAAGAAAAUGGUUAAAAAUACCGGUAUUGCGGUAUUUGAUGACUAUAAACAAAACUAUAAAGGAGAACAAUAUGUGGCUGCUGGAGCUCUAUAUCCUGAUUUAAGAAGUCUAAGAGAUAAAGCUGAGGAAAGUUUAGCCCUCAAAGAAUAGACUUUAUUAAAAUGAAUUUGCAAAUUUGAAACAAAUCGAAUGUUUUUGUGGAUAUUAUUUAGUUAAUUAAGUUGGAAUUUGUUAUUAUUUUUCAUAAGUUGUUUGGUGAUUUUAAAUAUCGCUUUUAUAUUCAUUUAGUUUAUCAAGCGGUAUUAGAUUUUAGUUAUCAAAAUAAGUUUAUUGUAGCUUAAGUUGUGUCCUCAUAUAUGAAAUAUUCCAUUUUAUUUAAUAAAGUUUUUCAAUAGUU